AUGGCAGUCUUCUUUGAGUACCGACUUCUUACUUGGGUCACACACUCACGUUCCCUCCAGAAGUUCGAAUGCAAGUACACCCUCCGCAAGCAUACCAAGCCAUUGAACACACUCAAACUUAGUGGGGAUGCUCGAAUGUUAUUAAGUGGUGGGGAUGAUGGACAACUUUUAAUCUGGAAUGUGACGAAAGGGUCUCUCCACCAAGCAAUAUUGGUUGUUUUUAAUGGACCCGUCUGUGUGGCUAUCUGGACUCCCAUUUCCCCAGAAGGACCAAUGACUUCAUUCGCCUUUGGCUGUGCCGAUGGCCGAGUCUUUGUCUACCAACGAACUGAUGAAACCGGGUCUUACCGCCUCAGUUGCUCGAUACCUGCCCACAAUAACCACAUUGAGGCCCUCGCGUUUGAUAUGAACCAUCAUCGCCUUGCAUCAGUGGGGACUGGUACAGCAAAGGUGUGGCAGAUAGAUUCAGAUGGCCACCUGAAACUGCUGCAUGCCCUUACCCCCAAACCAUUUGUUGUUCGCAGUGUAGAUUUUCUUGACUGA